AGUCAUUCUUUUCAUUUUUCCUCUUCAUCUUCCUCCUCCCACCCAACCACCAUUUCUCCCUUAUUUUCCCUACCUCUUCAACAUUUGUUCCCCUCCCCCUCCUUCUUCGCCAUCGUUUUUGUUUGUUAAGUGUUUUUCAUUUCUUUUGGCAGAACUUGUUAAAAGUUCAGUGUGAUUAAGAAAAAUAAAUAAAUAAAGAAGUCUAAUAAUGAGUGAAAAAAGUCUUUUUUAAUGAUCAUGUCCCUUCAUACUAAAACUUGGGGCAAUCGUACUCCUUUUUAAGUGGACUAGCAAAGUCAAGUCACCUACCUCUACUACCUGCCUUGCUAAUUACUUUGUGAUCUUAAACUUGUUCUUCUCAUGGCUCUGCUACCAUCAUCUUCCUCCUCUACCCGUGGUCGUGGAUUCAACUACGGUGUCUUCCUUAGCUGCGGGACUGAAGAUACCCUUGAAUUCACUGGCCUUCUCUACCAAGCUCUUUGCAACAAGGGAAUCCGCACAUUCACUGACUGUGAGGUGGUUGACGAAAUCACACCAGCACUUGAGGAGGCUAUUCAAACCUCCAGAAUUGCUAUCGUUGGGCUCUCUAAGAACUAUGCAUCAUCUUCGUUUUGCUUAGAUAAGCUUUCCAAGAUCCUUGACCACUUCAACAGCAAGGUUCACCCAGUUUUUUAUCAAGUGGAUCCCGAUGAUGUGCAAAUGCUGAGAGGAACUUACGGGGAAGCAAUUGCUAUGCACAAGAAGAGGUUCAAUGAUAGAAUACAGAAAUGGACGAUGGCUCUGCAGCAAGUUUCUAACUUGCCCGGUUGGCAAUUUGGACUAGGGAAUGAAUAUGAUCAUCAAGAUUUUAUUAGGAAGAUAGUUAAAGAGGUUUUCAACAAGAUUGUAUACAUUCCAAUAGUAACAAGAGAGGAUGAGGAUGGGAUUAAGGUAACAUGUUUGUCGGAAGGAAUUUCAGAAAUAAGCUAUAGGUUCGAUGGAAAGAAUAAGGUUAUGUUUAUUGUAGAUGAUGUUGACAAACUGGAGCAAUUGCAGCAGGUUAAGGCCGACAAACAUUUGCUGGGUUUAAGUGCGUUAACGGACAAAGAAGCUGUUAAAACGUUUUUUGAUAAAAAAAUCCAUAACAUGGUAAAAAAAAGAUUCUAUAGUUUGAAGAUGGCAGAGAAACGUGUUUUUCUUGACAUUGUUUGUUACGGCGAAGGGUAUCACUUGGUCGAUGUUCAACAUAUACUUCGUGCUCAUUAUGGUUGCUGCGUUACAGAUUACAUAAGAGUAUUGGUUGAUAAAUCUCUCAUACACAUUAGUCCAAGAGGUGAGAAAACAUUACAUCACUGGGCUGAGUGUAUGGGUACAGAACUUGUUCAACUUGAAUCACCGAAAGAGCCCGGGAAACGCAGUAGGUUAUGGAUUCCUGAAGAUAUAUAUCAUGUUUUGGAAGAUGGUACGGUGAGUAAGAUUAAAAUGAAUGGUUUGGUUUUCAUCAUUAAUCCUAAUUUACCAUUUUGGACUAUUAUACACCCGUCAAAUUGUUCUUUACCUUUAAAAUUUCUAAAUAUGUAUGUCAAGUCUGACAUUUCUUCUUGUUAAUUCGUGCAUUUCUGUUUAAAGGGAACCGAUAAAAUUGAAAUCAUAUGCCUGGAUUUAUCCUCAACUAAAGAAAAAAAAAAUAGACUGGAAUGGAGAUGGCUUCAAGAACAUGGGAAACCUCAAGACACUUAUAAUUAAAAAUGCUAAUUUUUCUCAAGCUCCCAGA